AUGAACCGUAAACCACUGUGGCUGGUACUGUUCACGGGACACUGCAGGUUCAGCCUCAGGGGCCGCGUCUACCCGGCCAUCCUCCCCGUCCCCGGCCACGCGGUGAACGGAAAGGUUUUCAAGGGGCUCACCGACAGGGAACUCCAUGUGUUCGACUUGUUCGAGGACGAGGAGUAUGUGAAGAAAACUGUUGAGGUCUCGCUGGCAGAUACAUCGGAGAAAUCACUCGUCUACGCCUACAUCUGGGCCAACGAGGGUGAUCCUGACCUCUACGGCGAAUGGGAUUACGAGGAAUGGAGGAAGGUGCAUUUGAAAGAGUAUCUUGAGAUGACUCGGGAAUUCAUGGAGGAACUUGGGCAAUUUUAAACAGAUCUCCUCUGGUUUGUAAACAGGGUCCUUGCGAAAGUUACCAUAGGAUCUGUGUCAUAGAUUCGUAGUAUAGCCUCUUUUGCUCAUAGACUUGACAGGUGCAAUUAUACAUAUCUUCUGUGUUUUUGGAUCAGACAGAUGUUACUUGAGCCAUUUGGAUGCGAACAAAUCGACUCUUUUCUUCUGCCUGUUUAUUGUUGUGCUA